UUUUAUUUCCAGCCAAACACCACCCGUGAGAGUAUAUAUACUGUUGAAAUUUCCAAUUAUGCUCUAUUUGUAACCUUACGUUAAAGUACCUUCGAUUUAUGUCCUUAUUUUCACUUUCAUCUUUUUCCCUAAUUUAUAGUAAUAAUAUAUUUAUAGGAGGCCAAAAUCUCAACUUCCUUCAAUAUAGGAAAAAGAAAAGCAACUCUGUGGACAAAAUGUGGGUGAACACUAGUUCUCUUAACAAUGAAGAGAUUGUUCUUCUACAAGAAGAGGAGGAAGAAGAAGAAGAAACAUUAUCACUCUGUGAUUUGCCUAACAAUGAAGAGAAUUACCAAACAAGAAAAUUAGAAUCUCCUCGUGGAAGUGUAACACAAGAAGACUUUAAUUUCUGCUCUUUCUUAAGAAAUUCAGCAUUAAUGUGCACUGCAGAUGAAGUUUUCUUCCAAGGCCAAAUUUUACCUCUAGGUCAUUCAAAUAACUCGUUAAGUGAUAGCCAUGACACCGAUGCUACGGGUGGAGAUACAUGUAAUGAAGCGAGUUCAACUAAAUACUCUUCGUCGGAAAAUCAUACCUUGCAAUUAAGGACAGAGUCCAUGGUACAUUGUUCCUCGUACAAGCCUUGGAUUCGAAAUCAGUUUCAUUCUCAACCAAGUCCGACACCCCAGGUUCGAUUUUCAAAGAUAACACACAGAAACAUCAAUAGUUACAAUCGAAAGUCGACAACGUGGAACCUUUUUCGUGUUGGAUUGGUGACAACACCAGAAAUUGCAUUACAAGACCUCAAAAUUCGAUGCAACAAGAAUUUCGACAUUAGUCGAAAUAGUACGAGCAGUAGUAAUAGCAGUAGCAGCAGUUCGAGCAAUGACGAUAAAAUGAGGAUUAAACUAAGCAAGAAAAAGAAACAGAGGAUAUUUGAAAGGAAAAGGGUAUUUCUGGGAAGCUGCAAAUCUUCAGUAAAUGCAGUUGAACUAGUUCCUUCAAAAGUUGUUACCAUAAACAGAGGCAGCACCAAUUGUAAUGAGGUGAAAAUGGAGACAAAACAGAAACUAUCAAGUCAUCAAACGUUUGAAUGGUUAAAGCAACUUUCACUUGAAAAUCCAGCAGAAGAAACAUAAAGAUCCAAAAAAUUGAAUUUUUCGGGUUUCUCAAUGUCAGGAACCAAAAAGAAAAAGGAUGCGGCAGACACAUACAGAUGGAAGAAGAAAGAUAUCCUGUGAAGAAAUCCUUAAUCAUAGAGAUAGAUAAAGAAAACCAAGAUAGCAAACCUUCAAGACGUGAAGAAACAGCCGUAUAGGAAAAUCAAUCAGGAUCAACCAAAUGUAAAUCAAGUAAGCAGGCUACAGACAGCUAGCACACGAACUGCCAAGAGAUGACAGAAGUCAAAUAGUAAAGAUCUCAAGCUUUGAUUCAUCAAAGAAAAGAAGAUACGAGAAAGAUACAAGAUCAAAUCAACGGAUCCCAAGAGAUGACGGAAGUCAACCAAUCAACCAGCGAAGACCUCAAGCUUUGAUCCAUCGAGGGAAAGAAGAUACCGAGGAAGAUAGAAGAUCAAUAAACGGAUCACUUCAAAUUCCUGAUUGAGGAAAAACUCCCUUGGGUUACCUUAGAGCAAGCCAAUCAGGAUCAAUCGAAUGGAAAGAUUGAUUCACUGCCUUCUGUCGAGAAUUGAAGCAACCAACUAUAAAAGAAGACCUGACGAGUCGAAGAACACCACAACUUCACUUGAGCAAAAUAUAUGUUUACCCUUCAUCUUGUAAAAUGCACUAUAGUAUAUUAAAGUCUUUAAGUGUUAGAGAAAGAAAAUAGAUAGCAAUACAGGUCAAGGGUGUCACUAGAGGACAAUUGGAAACUAUCCAAAUUGGAAUCAUGGUUCAAGUUGUAAUCUAAAGGGACUGGGUUAGGCACCACACCGGUGAUCCGAACUCGUAUAAAAAUCUCUGUGUUCAUUUAUUUUUGCAUUA